GUAAGGAAGUAGUAAGGAAGGAAGGAUAGAAGGACGGUGGAAAGGAGGAUACGAUGGAAACGAGAGUAGGGCCGAUUUUCUUGGCGGUGGCGAUGUUGCUGGUGGCCGCGGGAGCCGAAGAUCUCAUGAGCACCGUGAAGCUGCUGCAGGAGCAGGUGACGGCGUUGCUGGAUCAUCGUCAGGAGGAUUACAAUGCCCUCGAGGGCAGUCUCAAGCAAUCUAUGGAGAAGAACACGGAGCUACUGGUGUUGAGGAACGAGAUCAAGCAGCUAAGGAAGGAAAUGGCGAGCCUGCGCAAUUAUGGCCCCGGCAUCCCGAGCUCCAGCACCGGCAACGAGGCCAAAAACGAGCGUUUACGUUUGCGUUGGCUCGGGGGUGCCGUCGCCGAACUGCAGACCGAACUCGCCGAGGUGCUGAGGACGAGGAACGCGAGUGAGGAGCUCGCGGAGAGGGCGCGACUGCGCUCGGAGAUCGAAUUGCUGAGGGGCGACGUGGCCGGGGUCGGCAGAGCAGUGCGCGAUCUCGGGGGCAGACUGGCGAGGCUGGAGGCGGGCCUCGGGACCCUGAGACUCGACGUCGUCGCCAUCAACGAGCGCGUCGGACAAUUGUCGCGCACCUGCUCUGACGUCAACAGCCAGCUGAGUACCAUGCAGAUCGAGGUUAAGUCGAUCAAGUGCGAGGAGUGCAGACCCAGUAGAAAUACAAAGCUCGACGACUCUUCUCUCCUGAAAAAUGAGAUUGGCCAGCGGCAAAUCGAGGGCGACGACGUACGCGGUGAUCGUCAGCAGCAGCUUCUCCUGCACCAGACGCGCCACGUCUAUUCCCGCCUCCCGGCUACGGUCCACCGUCUCGACGAGCGCGUUAACAAGCUCGAGCAUAAGAUCGGCGUCGUAUCGCGAAAGCGAGCACUUUUGGAAAAGCGACUCGCCUACAGGGAAAACGUCUCGAAGCGGGUACGUAUUCUCGAGGAGCUGGGCCGCGACCUCACCGAGCGCUUGCGCAACGUGAGCGAGGAGUCCGCGGCGUCGAGCCGUUUCGGCGAGUCGGCGGUGCGGAUGUUCGAGUCACUGGAGGCCCUCGAGGAGCGGCUCCUUAGCAACCAGUCCGAGACGAAGCGCGAGCUCGCGCGUCUCGACGUGAACGCGGCCCGCAAGGCCGCCGAGCUCUCGCUUACUCGUGAGGAGCUUGGGAAUCUGAAGCGUGCCGUUCAGGCCUUGAGCGUGAGCGCCUCGAAGCUCCAGGAGAAGAGCGACGGCCAGCAGUCGGCGAUCGGCCGUCUAAACGAGAGCGUCGGCAGGCUCGACCUCGCCGGUAGCAUCGCCAGGGCGGCGAACGCGACCCGCGAACUCGAGCACGUGGAGGACGAGUACCGACUGAUGGUCGACGCGCUACCCGGUAACUGCGAGAAGCGCGACGGGCUGAGCUUGUUGGCUCCGGGACCCGGGGCUCCCCUCCUCGCCGCCUGCAGAAAGGGCUGGAUCGUAAUCGGGCGGAGGACCGACGGCACCGUCGACUUCGAUCGCAGUUGGAACGACUACGCGACGGGCUUCGGCUCGCCCAUUAACGAGUUCUGGGCCGGGAACGAGGCACUCCACCGGCUCAGCCGCGACAACUGCACGCGGCUCAGGAUCGAGCUCAACGACAUCGAGGGCAACUACUGGAUCGCCAAUUACGAGAGCUUCGCCGUCGAAUCCGAGGAGAACGGCUACCGGCUGAGGAUAUCCGGCUUCAGCGGCAACGCCACCGACGCUAUGUCCUACCAGAACAAUAUGGCCUUCAGCGCCAAAGACAGGGACAUGGAUAUCAGCACGACCGACUGCGCAGCCAAUUACCACGGAGGCUGGUGGUUCAGUCAUUGCCAGCACGCGAACCUCAAUGGCAGGUACUCACUCGGACUGACCUGGUACCGCUCGGAUAUCAACCAGUGGAUGGCCGUGGCCUCGACGGAGCUGUCUGUACAAAGGAAGCAGCAGUGCCUGUAGGGAUAAAUAAUCGUUGACGAGGAGUCCGAUAAAUAAAGCGGUGGAGUUGUAUAAGCUUUUUCAUUUAGCGACAAUAACGGUGUCGAUCAAUCACGUAAGCCGAUCGAACGCUUCGGCUUUCCUCUUACCUUUAACUACAAAUGAUCGCCCUCGAUGACAGAGAGUUUACAUUUACGAUGACUCCCUACGCUUUCUAUUUAUUUUUCGAAUUAUCAUUGUUGCAGUUGUCGAGGACUACGAGAGUUUCGUGUAUUUUAACAUGCAAUUUUGUCCGAAACAUUUUAUCCAAUCUGACAAUUACCGAGCGUCGUUAAUUCUUCGUUCAUAUAUUGAAAGUAGUAAUCUAUGAUAUCGUUGAUAUAUUUAUUAAAUAUAAUGAUAAUGUUCGCCAAUGCCAGUGACAGAUAAAUUUAUCAAAUUAUCCGUUAACUCGCUAAUUAAUCCUAUUUAAAAUGCAGAUAAUCAAAUAUUUGCGAUGGCGAUUAUGUAUUUUACAUUUUAUGAUAGCAAUUGCAUAAUUUGUUAACUAAAUAGCGUUUAAAUUGUAAAGACUAAGGGUUAUUAUCGUUUAAAAUACGAGCUCAUCUGACAUUCAUUGUACUUAAAUGUAGUUUUUAAGACACGUAUUUCAUUGUUCAACAAAGUGUUUGUAUAAAGUUAGUCAUCGAAGCGAAAAAAAAAGAAGAAGAGAGUAAUGUAUGAGCAGUGGAUAAAAAAAGUUACACGCAUGCCUGAUUAAUGGAAAUACUAGUUCAGUUAAAUCUGUAAUUUGGAUGACUUGAAUAUAUUUUUAUCAUUACUAUGUAACAUAGCGCAAAGCCUCGUACGAGAAAGUAUAAUUAAAUUGAAAAUUCGUUAAAAAUAAUAAAACAUAUUACGCAGCCAAAUAUAAGAUUUGGUAAC